CGCCGCCCCGGUCCUCUCCCUCCCUCUCGCCCUCUCUCCCUCUCCACCUCCACCUCCAGCCGGCGGACGCUCCUCCUGCUGAGCCCCGCUGCGGAGGCCUGGUUCCCGGGGAGAUGCUGAAGCAGCAGCGGCUGGAAGAGAUGCUGGUCCCGGCCUGAGGAGCGGAGGAGCAGCGGAGGAGCAGCGGAGGAGCAGCAGGAAGAUGUCGGGCAGGAAGCCUCUGACCCCGGUGAGCGAGUCCGACCAGGCACCGGUGAAGGUCUCAGACGGACUCCCCGGGCCCCCGGCUCCGCUCCCCAGGUCCUCGAGCCGGCACGGCCUGCCGCCGCCUCGCAGCUCCGGCGCGUCGGAGGAACAGCCGCACGUCGGGAACUACCGGCUGCUGAAGACCAUCGGCAAAGGCAACUUCGCCAAAGUCAAACUGGCCCGACACUCGCUGACGGGCCGAGAGGUGGCGAUCAAGAUCAUCGACAAGACGCAGAUGAACCCGACCAGCCUGCAGAAGCUGUUCAGGGAAGUUAGUGUGAUGAAGAUCCUCAACCACCCAAACAUCGUGAAGCUGUUCGAGGUCAUUGAGACGGAGAAGACUCUGUACCUGGUGAUGGAGUUCGCCAGUGGAGGGGAAGUCUUUGACUACCUGGUGGCUCAUGGACGAAUGAAGGAGAAGGAGGCCAGAGCAAAGUUUCGCCAGAUUGUGUCAGCAGUGGAGUACUGUCACCAGAAGAGGAUCGUACAUCGAGACCUCAAGGCGGAGAACCUCCUGCUCGACGCCGACAUGAACAUUAAAAUCGCAGACUUUGGAUUCAGUAACGAGUUCACGAUCGGCAGCAAGUUGGACACGUUCUGCGGCUCGCCGCCCUACGCCGCUCCCGAGCUCUUCCAGGGGAAGAAGUACGACGGGCCGGAGGUGGACGUCUGGAGUCUGGGAGUGAUCCUCUACACGCUGGUCAGCGGCUCGCUGCCCUUCGACGGACAGAACCUCAAGGAGCUGCGGGAGCGUGUCCUCAGAGGAAAGUACCGGAUUCCCUUCUACAUGUCGACUGACUGUGAAAACCUGCUGAAGAAGCUGCUGGUUCUAAACCCCGGAAAACGAGGCAGUCUCCAGCAAAUCAUGAAGGAUCGGUGGAUGAACGUCGGCUACGACAAUGACGACCUGAAGCAGUUCACCGAGGCCGAGCAAGACUUCAACGACCUCCAGCGCAUCGAGCUGAUGGGGACGAUGGGUUUCCCUCAGGAGGAAGUGAGGAAGGCGCUGGACGGUCCCAAGUACAACGAGGUGACAGCAACGUACCUGCUGCUGGGGAGGAAGCCGGUCGAGUUUGAAGGCACUGAGUCUGUGUCCCGUGGUGGCCUGGUCCAAAGGUCACGACCCUGCAGCGACGUCAACGGCUCGAGUCAGUCCCCCGCCCACUCUCGCAAUGCAACAGCCAAUCAGAAGCAGCGGCGCUUUAGUGACCACGUGGCGCCCUCUAUCCCCCCACCUGUGUCCUGCACCAAGCAUUCCCACGCCAACAGCGUGGAAAGUGACCGGAAGGACGGGCCCCCCUCCCCCAUGGGAGCUCCAGACCGCCGGAAGUCCGCCACCGGGUCGGGGAGCAUUACUCGGAGGAACACGUAUGUUAAUGAGCGACCGAGCAUCGAACGCCACUCCACUGGGAUUCCCAACGGGAAGGACAGCAGUCUCCCUGAGGUUCCUGCCGCGUCCCCCUCCCCGUCGCCAGGGGCCGCCGUGUCCUCCAGGCGUCCCCGUCAUGUGAAGUCCAUGUCAGUGUCGGGACACCCCAUGAGGUCCAGCCUGCCGCCCAUCGACGACCACGCAGAGUAUCAGAGCUCGCCCCACCAGCCCCCCCCCUCCCCCUCCGCCUUCAGCGUCACCAGCAGCAGUAGCACUACGCCGGACCGCAGCAGCUUCCCCCGCGGCUCCACCAGCCGCUCCACCUUCCAUGGUGCGCAGCUUCGAGACCGCCGACCCGCCACCUACAACGGGCCGCCGGUCUCGCCCAGCCUGUCGCAGCACGCUGCUGCGUCGCUAGCUACGUCACGCCGCGGCACAUCGGGCUCCCUCAUCGGAAAGAUCACCUCCAAGUUCGUUCGCAGGAGUUCCUCGGGCGAGCCUCGAGAGGAGGUACGGGAGUCCAAGCCUCGUUCCCUGAGGUUCACCUGGAGCAUGAAGACCACGUCCUCCAUGGAGCCGGGGGACGUGAUGAAGGAGAUCCGCCGGGUUCUGGACGCCAACAACUGUGACUACGAGCAGCGUGAGCGCUACCUUCUGUUCUGCGUGCACGGAGACGCCCGGCUGGACAGUCUGGUCCAAUGGGAGAUGGAGGUGUGCAAACUGCCCCGCCUCUCGCUCAAUGGCGUGCGGUUCAAAAGGAUCUCCGGCAUGUCCAUCGCCUUCAAGAACAUCGCCUCCAAAGUGGCCAAUGAGCUCAGGCUGUGAGCGAGGAGAACACGCCCACUCCUCCUGACGUUAGGUGUUUGACUCCGUCCCGGAGCGACUGGAGUCUGACUCAGAGAAAACACUUAUUUUACUCAACACAGUUAAUAUUUAACGUUAUCACUAAAUGUUAAUGCCAGUGAAACCAAAUGUUCCAACAAGCAGACGCUCGGCAGCUUGAUGAACUUGAACUGAACCCACAGUGGAAACGUUAAAGGGAUUAAAGAAACCAGAUGAGUCAUGAAGCAGGAAAAUGAUCAAUGUCCGUCCACAGCAACACACCUGAAGACACAGGUCACAUGACUGCUCCCCUGCACUGGUCAGGUGGUGUAAACAGGAAGUAGAUUGUCUCUGCAGUGGGUUGCUUAUUAACAGAAACUCAGUGACGGUGAAACGUCAGAGCAGGGACGAGGAGGUGGAAGUGUAACUGACAGGAAGUGCUACUGACAGGAAGUGUUACUGACAGGAAGUGUUACUCACAGGAAAUGUGACCGACAGGAAGUCUCAUUGACAGGAAGUCUCACUGACAGGAAGUGUGACCGACAGGAAGUCUCAUUGACAGGAAGUCUCAUUGACAGGAAGUCUCACUGACAGGAAGUGCGACUGACAGGAAGUGUGACUGACAGGAAGCGUUUGCAAUAAAACUUAAACGCAUCAGUGUGGAUGGCGCUUUAACAUCUGUUUUGAGAAUGAGUCAUAAAUUGCAUGUUAAAUAUCCACGACAGAAAGAAGCUUUGUGCGGCGGAGAGCGAUGAGCAUGAAAUCUGGAGUCUCAUAAUAUCGCAGUGCAUGUCCGGCUCGUAUUUUGCCUGAGCCUGAUAACAGUUAGAGUGGAAUCUGGUUCCUGAAGUCAGGCCAAACUUUACCGGUGUGAAACACAACAUUCACCAGCUCAUGGUUUUGUGAUGGCAGGAAACGUUCUGUGUGUUGCCUCCAGUGACCCAGAGAGCCAGGGUUCCACCAGCAGGUGACCAAAGAUGUGAGAAGAACUAGAAUGUCCCUCAGCAGAGAGCAUGAGACCACCAGAGCCAAUCAGUCCUCUUAAACUCAGUCAAGCCUUAAAGCUCAGCCAACGACUCCACGUCAGACGUGGAGUCGUUAGAACGUUGGAACACAGGAACACUCCCUAUAGAAAGAACUGCAGCUCCUGGUGAGUUUGAGGUCAGCACUGAGCUGAAGCACAUAAACACACAUGUGAUCGAUCGGCCUUUCUGGUUCUAGCUAGCUACCGUUAAAGUUUAUCCGGUCGGAACGUCUUUGUUGUGAAUGAUGUGAAAACCUUGGAGCCUUUCACUUCAUGCGUAGCACCAGGAGCGAGCUAACAGCUGUUCGCUCAUAUUCCCGCAAAUAUAUGGAAGAAAGAAUUUGAAGAGUGUGAAUGAGGUUUCUCUCCAGCUAAUGUUAGCGUAGCAUAGGGUUUUGUCCUACUUGAUGGUUAAGUGACUUGUUAUUGAUUCUGUCUGACCUGGACGUGUCUGGUGAACAUGUCCACACGUCCCACAGGGACCCGUCGUCUGUCCACACGUCCACCAUCGUCCUCAGCUCUGAGGCUGUGGGUCUGAAGCAGAGUGAUGAGCCAUGAAAUGUGAUGAACAAUCAGUUUGUGACUUUAAACAUCAUCGCUGUUGGUUGUGUAACAGAGGAAAUGUGUUGUCCUGUUAAGACCUUUAAUGAUGCAGAGCCCCCUGGUGGUUCAACGUGAGAUGACAACAGUUUGUUAUUAUUGCUGUGUAAAAUGUGACCUGUCCAGGUGGAGCCUCUGCUGAUUAGUCUGUGUACAGUUUUGAUUUAGUCUUCACUGUCUGAAUUUGUCUUUUGUUUCCACAACUGAAAACAUGAAUCUGAACAUUUUUUGAGCCACGAGAUGGAUUCAUUUUUUAUAAAUAGGUGUUUGUGUUUAUAUUUCUGUUAAACGUAGCUCAAACCAGAAUGCACUUCACGUCCAGCUUAGUAAGUUCUGUUUACAUAAACUCACAUGUCCUCCGUUCAGAAGUAUCCCUCUGUUUUUCUUCUAUGAACAAAUCUCACACAUCAUGUGACUUCAGCUCGAAGCUCAUUGGUUCUUCUGAAGGUUUGAAAACACCUCACACACACAUACACACACACACACACACGACAGUUUCUCCUGAAACAACUGACUUUUAUUUCAAACUGCAGGAUGAAAUGAUAAAUCAAUGUUCAGAUGAUGAUGUAAAUAAAGUUUGAAUCAAAGACA